UUCUAGCUCUCGCGUUACUCUCACCCUCGCCCUUCCGGCUUCCCGACCCGGUCCACCUCGGCCUCCUGUCGUCAUUUCCUGUGGGUCUGCAACGCCGAAGAGAAGAUGGCGGCGCUGGGAGAACCUGUCCGGCUGGAGAGGGAUAUCUGCAGAGCAAUUGAGUUGUUGGAGAAACUGCAGAGGAGUGGAGAGGUGCCACCCCAGAAACUUCAGGCUUUGCAAAGAGUCCUUCAGAGUGAGUUCUGCAAUGCUGUGAGAGAGGUGUAUGAACAUGUUUAUGAGACUGUGGACAUCAGUAGCAGCCCUGAAGUGAGAGCUAAUGCAACUGCAAAGGCUACAGUUGCUGCGUUUGCUGCCAGUGAAGGACACUCUCAUCCCCGAGUUGUUGAGCUCCCCAAAACAGAAGAGGGCCUUGGAUUCAAUAUCAUGGGAGGCAAAGAACAAAACUCACCAAUUUAUAUUUCACGGAUAAUUCCAGGUGGAAUUGCUGACAGACAUGGGGGCCUUAAACGAGGAGACCAGCUACUUUCUGUUAAUGGAGUGAGUGUUGAAGGAGAACACCAUGAGAAAGCUGUAGAGCUACUGAAAGCAGCCCAGGGAAAAGUGAAAUUAGUUGUGCGGUACACACCUAAAGUCUUGGAAGAAAUGGAGUCGCGCUUUGAAAAAAUGAGAUCAGCGAAACGCAGACAACAGACCUAAUCAUUUAAAAACUCUGUGUUCCUUUUUGCUUUUAGCUAGAAAAGUUUUACUUGUGACCUACUGAUGGCCUCAAUGCCAGUGACUGUAGAACACUAGAACUUCCGUGAAAUCUUCUUGCCAUUUUAUAAAUGCCUGUUUUAGCAUCACUUAUGGUUGUAGAGAAGCAUACACUUUUUUUCUCACGAGAAAAAGUCAAAGGUGAUGAGGGCAGUUCUGUCCUGCUGUUUUUACAGGCCUUUUUCAAAUGCAGAUUUUGUCACAAAGUUGUUAUAGAUUUUUAAAAAUGCUUUUUUAAUAUUAAAAUGUACUUUUACAUUCUUAAUCUUUUUUUAAAAAGAAGUUUUCUUCAUUUGGCCACUUAUUUACAAAUAACAGAUCUCCAAUAUUUCUUUUUGCUUACUGCAAUUUCUUUGUGAAAUUUCUUUUCAUUUUUUCAAGAAAUUAAACCUAGCGGUCUUGCCUGUGGCAGUCUCUCACACUGUUGAGUGUUGGCAUCUCUGCUGCAUUUUGUACUUGGAACAUACAUAUAAUAACUGUAAUCAGUGGGAAAUCAUUGCUAUUGUGAAACCUUUUUUUUUUUUUUUUUAAACCGUGUAUAAUGUAUCCAUUUAUACUGAUUUGUAAAAAUAAGUUUUUAAACACUGAAGCAAUCAUUGCUAAAAUAUGUAUUCUUUCAUAAUUAAGCAGUGAGAUGAGAGGAUGUAAUUUGAUUAUUAGCAUUGCUGAUUAAAUCCUUUAUUUAUAUUUAACAGUAUGUCAUGAAUUAUACAUAAAAAAGCUCAGAUUUCAACUUUUCAAAUUUUUUAUACUAUUCAUUUGUAUUUAAAUAUAUUUCUCAUAUUUCAGUUCUUUCAUGCCUAGGGAUGAGUCAAUUAGUUUGUGCUGUGCAAAAUGGAAAGGAGACAAAGUAAUGAGUUCAGCAUCUGAAGCCUGAAGAGCC